AUGGGGUCCACCGAUGAUCCCCAUGAGAGUGCCUUACGAUCACCAUCUCCAAAGGAGCUUGAACAGACGCGCAGCCCACAGCCUCUUGAGCCUCUUGAGCCAGUCCUGGACACAGAAGAGCUUCUUCUGGCACAUUUAACUCAGAGACUGGAGCAAUAUGAUUGGGAUCAGCUGCAAGAGAAGUACACAGACGCUAUGGACGAGCACAGCCGUGUUGAGGAAGACCUCCGAGCGCAAACAACCAAUGUACUGGAGGCUUUUACUGCGUGGUCCCAGACAGCUGUGCUACAAGAUGAGCAACGAGCUCUGAAACGAUUCAAGACACAGACGCAGCAUGUUCAAAACUCCGAGGUUAAUUUGGAGAACAAGAAAAAGCAUUACAUGGAGGUGGUGAAAGCAUUCCAGAAUGCAGUUGCUCUACUGAAUGGGCAAAUGAAAGGUUGA